AUGUGUGCGUACGCGUUGUCGCACUGCAUCAUCGCCUCCUUAAAGUCUGACUCCUCGAUACUUUCAAAAGCCACUGCAUCCCCCGUACUGCAUCCACACUGGACAGUGAAUCGAAGACAAUUUUCUCUGCGACCCGCAUAUGUAACUACAUGUAAUUGA